AUGUCUCCACAGUCGCAUCACUCGUACAUGCCACACCUACCAGAAAGUCCUCUUCCUUCUCAAGAGCUGAAUAGUCAGCCGACUCCUGGCUGGUGCCCCUCGAUUUCAGCCCCAGAGUACCAUAGCGAGACCAGCUAUGUCUCGUAUCCCCACUAUGUGCCUCCGCAUACAUCAACUAUCAACCUAUCGCAGCCCGCCCCUACGCUUCAAUACUCAACGAGGGCUCCAGUUUCCGCUACGCAGCCAUCAGCAGCCAUCUCUCCAGGCACGGUCUACUCCCGGGACUCAGUAGUACCAGAGUCUACACGUCCUUCAGAAGAGCCUCAGUCUGACGCAAGAAGUGUGCCUCGUCAGUCCACGUCUCGUUUUAGGAGACAGUCCCGCCUCAUGGACCGGUCUCACAGUAACUUAGACUCACUGCCUUCAGCAGCAGUAGACGGCCCAUGGAUGAACGCACUAGGCAUCCACUCAAGCCACGAUGCAUACUACUCAGCAUUCCCGACUCACAGUCCACAGUUGAGUGAACCGUCAACAGAACUAUCAUCUAACCAGAUGACCUCACCACAACCGCGACGCUUGUACACACCAAUCGCCCCUCUACCCCUUGAGACACCUCGGUCGCAUGCAACCAAGAGGUACCGGGAAGACGACGAAGAAGAUGAGCCUAAGCGAAGAAAGCGAUCAGACUCGCAGAUGUCAACGCAGUUCGAGCUCAGUGAGGAAGACAGACUACUGCUACGGCUCAAAGAAGAUGAAAACAUGCCGUGGAAGGACAUCGCAGCGCGCUUUCUGACAGAUCUCAAUAAGAAUUAUCAAAUACCAGCAUUGCAGAUGCGUAUCAAGCGACUGAAAGAGCGCAUGCGCAUAUGGGCCGAUGCAGACGUUCAGGCACUGCGCAAGGCACAUGAUUACUGGGCAUCAAGCAAGUUCGAUAUCAUCGCACAAAAGAUGCAAGACUUUGGUGCUACAGAGAAAUGGACAGCACGACAAUGCUCACGCAAAUGGCAGGAGGUCGAUCCUGCGCCCAUUCCAUAUGCCCAAUUUGAGCACCACAUCCAGCAGGGCUUCGCUCCCUACGCGAUGAGCCCCAUCGAGCCGUCGCAUAGCAACUACUUCCUGCACACCUAG